GGUUGUGCGAGCCGAGUCGAAAAGUUGCGCACGGAAUUUCAAUUAAAUUCCCUAAUUUUCUAAUCUAACGCUUGGAUUAUCGGACGGUUAAAAAAUAUUAUGGCCGUGGCAGAUGGAGUUUUAAUGAAAUGCGAUGUUAGGGAGCCAGCCGUGGCCGCCACCACCACCACCAUGCAGCUGCAGCAGCUGGAUCGAUGUUUGAGGAACAAGCCGAGGCAGUCAUACACGGACAUCAUGAUGGAUGACGAUGAUAUUUACGGUCAAAGGUCGUUCGACUUGCAGUCAAAGUUGAAGAAAUAUCCUGACGACGAUUCUUUUUAUAAUUCCAUGAAGGGGUCUGAAGUCACUCUGACCUACUUUCAGACUAAUGGAUUUGACACUCCUAUCUUGGUUAAGGAUAAAGCUGGUCUUGGAUUGAGGAUGCCCAGUGAGAAUUUCACAGUUAGUGAUGUGAAAAAGUGUGUUGGUUCAUGGCGUACAGUUGAUGUAAUGGACGUGAGAACGCAGAAAGAUCUGGAAAUGUCUAUGAAGGAGUGGACGUCGUACUACGAGUCGGAGCCCUCGAGGCGGGAUCGACUCCUCAAUGUCAUCAGUCUGGAGUUCAGUCACACCAAAUUGGAGCACUACGUCGAUCAGCCUAGUGUGGUGCACUGUAUGGACUGGGUGGACCUGGCUUGGCCCGCCUACCUCAGGGAGCUGCAGACGUCUGCGACCAAUCAGCUCGCCACGAUGAAAUAUCCAAAGGUUCAAAAAUACUGCCUGAUGAGUGUGCAAGGCUGCUACACGGACUUCCAUAUUGACAUGGGAGGUACCUCGGUCUGGUACCACAUUCUCAAAGGUCAAAAGAUCUUCUGGUUCAUCGAGCCGACGGAAGAAAAUUUGAAACUGUAUGAAAACUGGACUCUGUCAGCCAAGCAGUCGGACAUCUUUUUUGGAGAUCUUGUAGAGCAGUGCUACAGAAUUACAUUAGAGGCGGGAAAUACCUUCUUCAUACCAACGGGAUGGAUACACGCGGUUUACACGCCAAAAGAUUCGUUGGUGUUUGGCGGGAACUUUUUACAUUCGUUCAGUAUCGAGAAGCAACUCAGGAUAUGGGAAGUAGAAAAUAAAACUAAGGUCCCAAUUAAGUUUCGCUACCCUUUCUUCACCGAACUGCACUGGUACGUCCUUGAGAGGUACCUCCACGCUAUUGGCUGCAAGCAGUACAGGGUCAAGGUCGACGACGAUGAUAAUGAUAAUACCGAUAUUUAUAGCUACAACAACGCCGUGAAAUGUGAGGACGAUACUUCUACUACUACUACUACUACUACUACCACUACUACUACUACUACUAAUAAUAAUAAUAAUAAUAAUAAUAAUAAUAAUAAUAAUAAUGAUGAUGAUGAUUAUGAAGAUGAUGAAGAUGAUAUCAAAAAAGACAAUAGAAAUCUGUUAAAAACGGAUCUUAAAAAAUUGAUGCCCCCACCACCACCAUCAUCAUCAUCAACAUCGUCA